ACAGACACAUAGAGCCACACACACACAGACACACACACACAUUGACACACAGACAGACACACACACAGACACACACACAGAUACACAAAGACAGACACACAGACACACAGACACACACACACACACACACACACACACACACACACACACACACACACACACACACACACACACACACACACACACACACACACACACAGACACACACACAUUGACACACAGACAGACACACACACAGACAGACACACAGACACACACACACAGACACAAACACAGACACACAACCCGCUCAGUCAGUAGAACAAACAGAUAUGAACAGAGAGAGAGAGCUCUCAUUAACUAAUGAACAGACAUAAUCAAGGACACACACCCAGCUCAGUCAGUAGAACAAACAGAUAUGAACAGAGAGCGAGAGCUCUCAUUAACUAAUGAACAGACGUAAUCAAGGACAUGGCUAUCACACAUCUCUCUCUCCUCUGCCAUUUCUUUCCUCCUGACAGACGGAUCAGUCCUCUCUUCUCUCGUUCUCUCUACUCUUUUCCCCUCCAUCUUUCUCUCCCUUUUACCAUCUUCACUAUUGUCUCUUUUUCACAUUACAUUCUCUCUAGCCUUAAAUCUCUUUCUUUCUUUCUUUCUCUCUCAUUCUUUCUUUCUCUCUCUUUGUUUCUCUCUUUCUCUCUUUCUUUCUUUCUCUCUUUCUUUCUUUCUUUCUUUCUCUCUCGUUCUUUCUCUCUUUCUCUCUUUCUUUCUCUCUUUCUUUCUUUCUCUCUUUCUUUCUUUCUCUCUUUCUCUCUCUUUCUUUCUCUCUUUCAUUCUUUCUCUCUUUCAUUCUUUCUCUCUUUCUCUCUUUCUCUAUUUCUUUCACUCUUUCUUUCUCUCUUUCAUUCUCUCCAUCAUGGAGGCUGUAGCCGUGUUUUCUUUCAGAGCAAAAGAACGAGACGAGCUCAGCUUCCAGAAAGGAGAGAUACUGAAGGUGACGGAGAUGGAUGAGGAUCCUAAUUGGAUGAUGGCAGAACUCCACGGGAGGCGAGGCUACGUCCCUGAGAACUACAUUAGUCUGUUACCACACCCGUGGUUUGCGGGACGUGUGUCCAGGCAGCAGGCUGAGCAGCGGUUGCGUUGGGAGGAGAGAGGAGUGUUCCUGGUUAGAGAGUCAGAGAGUUCACCAGGAGAGUUCUCUGUUUCUGUCAGCUAUGGCGACAUGGUCGAGCACUUCCUGGUUCUCGAGGGGUUGGGUCAGUACUGUGUGUGGGAGGAGACUUUCUCGUCUCUCAACCGAUUGGUCGACUUCUAUAGAUCACACAGCAUCGCCCAGGAGAGACCUGUCUACCUGACCGACCCUCCUGACACACCUCUACACACACACACACCCUCACACACACCUCUACACACACACACACCUGCACACCCUCUCACACACACUGCCAUGCAUCUACCGGACCCUAACCCAAACCCCUACACACCCCUAACCCUAGCACACACACACACCCCUAACCCGUAUCUAGCUGAGCACCACACACACCCCACUCACCCUCGCACACACACCCCUAACCCUAACACACACACCACCCACUCCCCUAACACACACCACACACACACCACUACCCAACACCCCCCAGCCCCAGCCUGCUACUCCAACAGAAGAGAACCAAGCAGGAACCUGAACUGGGGCUAUUCUGCCCCUACAUAACCACACACACACACACACACACACACACACACAAACACACACACAAACACACACACACACACACACACACACACACACACACACACACACACACACACACACACACACACACACACACACACACACACACACACACACACACACACACACUACCGAGCUCCACACUGCCUCUUGAAGCAACGUCAGCACAAGAACUGGUCGUCGGGAGUUUCCUGAAAUGGGUUUCCAUGGCAGCCGGCACACACAUUCUAGACGACUCUUCCAUAUUUGGAGCCCUUUCUUGUUUCAGCAACAGACAAUGGCCCCUGUGCAGAAAGCCAGGUCUAUACAGAAGUGGCAUAAUCCCCCAACAUCAGUGGCCGACUAAAAGCUCUUGUGGCUGAACGAAGCAAGUCCCCACAUCUAGUGGAAAGAUUUCCCAGAAG